GUUAUGUUAUAUGCCUGCCAGUAAGCCGCGGAGCUGAUUGGCUGGUCAAAUGUUACAAUCGUUUUUAUCAGGAAAUGUUAAGCGAAACGUGCUGCUAUACACACUCCAAAACUGUUCAGUACUUUGUACAAGAAGUCAUACAUUCAAAACGCUUUAUAUGUACGUUUUGCACAGUUUACAUGAGACACCAAAUCAACUCCGCAAGCCGAAACAAAACUCACGUGUACGAUAUGAACUUUUUAAUUAACGUUCAAUUAUGGAAACUUUUGUUAGUCACAGCAACGUACAAACGAAAACAAAUUACCCAAACGUUGUUAACAACAGGGAUAGUGGUAAACCAAGCUCGGGAAGAAUAACACUUUCUCGCGGACUAGAAUAACAGAUGAUGAUGUUUCGACUAAAUGGAAGGCAAGUUCAACAAACACAUCAGCUAUAUUGUUUGUAUAUUUAUCUAGUGUCAUUCGUCAUGGGAGAAUUAACAUGGUGUCAUGGCAUUGUGGAAAAACAAACACAUGGCACAAACUAAGAGCUUUUCUCCGGGGAUUAAGAUUUUGUAGGGACAGCUGUAGAGAGUGUUUUGUAGUCCAAUAAGAAGAUUUAAGUGUGAGCUAAUGGACCAUUUAUUGCAGUUGUAAGUGGAAUGACUUUAUAGAUUCUUUUCUGCAGUCGUUGGUGAUAAGGAGUCCUGAAAUCAGAGGUCAACGCACAAUAUAGCAAUAUAUCACUGGUCAGUAGCAAGGUUUUACGAACGAAGCUGCUGAGAAACCACAACCUCCCGGCUUUAUAAACGAAAACAAAAAGCUGUGAAUGCUUUUCUAAAAACCACUAGAGCUUUUGUCAUGAAUUAAAACGAUGAAGAAAACAACAUUGAGUCAGCAGCAUAGAAUAAUGAAAGAAAAUGGUGACACACUGCUUUCACUUGAGAAGAGUAAAGUCGACAUCAUGAACGAAGUCGCCAGGGCGUACCACGAAAUAGAUGAACUGAAAGCAAAGCUCGCCAAGAAAAACAACGCAUUAAAGAACUCCCAAGACUUCCAAGACACUCUCUCGCUUCAGGCAGAGAAACUGAGAUUUGAAAAGGAGCAGCUCAAUCAAAGAUGCGAGAACGCGAUCCAAGAAAUGAUGGAUCGUUUGCGUGUUAAAGAGGCUGUCAUCGGACUGGUGAGGGAGGAGAUUGAGAAAUACAUCAAACUGCGGCAGGAGGUCAUGCAUAGGAAUGAAGUGCUAAGGGAACGGUUGGAAAAACGGGAGAAAAUAGCCACUGGAUUAAAGACAAAAUUGACAAUGCUAAGUAGUUGGACAGUGCGAACUACAAGCAGUGCGCAACUCAGUAUGGGCAAUCAAUCGCCAAGUGUACAUUCGAAAAGUCCAAAGUAAGCUUUGAUGCUGGCAUCAAAGCCAGCAAACCAGUUUUAACAGGUUUACUCACCGACCAGCCCGUUCAGGGUCUCCCGCUCAACUUCAGAAGUUACAAGAAUGAGACGAAAUCGAAGCUUUCCCCUAAGCGUUCAAUUGUUGAUCCAGUCUAACUGAGUGACUAUAAAACGAAAGCGUCCCAGACAAUGUACAAUUAAUGAUGAGUACUGAGAGUGGAUCAACUAAUGCCCGGGUAUUUGACGCCGAUAUUUAAACAAGAGAAUAAUACAUACGUACAGUCUCUCAACGUCUAGAUGGUACAUUAACGGACAGUGUAUGGCUAGACAGGAUGUAACCAGUUGAUUUGGAUCCAAAAUAAAGCAUUUGUACCACCUAAUGAACCGUUUAUAACACUUCCCAUCGUAGACUACAUAAAGUGUUCGUGAAUCAACGUAAGACAUCCUGAUAAUACGUUUUAGCAUAUCAAAGUUAGAGACAAUAAUUGUCAAGAACUCCGUCGUUCCUAGGUAAAUUUAUACUGAUUUUUCGUUGGCUUAAUUACCAUGUUUGCUUCAAUUUUCACGCCUCGACACGUUUGUCAACUCCCUAAUCGGCCGAAUCAAACCUUUGUGACGAAAUAAUUUAUUCAUCAUUAAAACAGAGAUUGAGUUCA